AUGGAAGGAGUACAACAGCCCCCUUGUACGUGUCAAUGGUGCGAUUUUGUGACACUUCCAAGUUUGCUGAAUCACCAUUAUGAGAAAUGCCACGGUUCGCGUGAAUUCAAGUGUGACCACAACCCCCCUGAAGCCUACUUCUGUAACUAUUGCAAUUACACCACCCAGUUUAAAGUAGCCUUAAACCAGCAUGUGAAGACAACACACACCACUAACCCCCCACUUGAUUACAAUAUAAAAAGCCACAUUUGUAGUGUCUGCAAUUUUGAAACAUCCUCGAUUUUAUUAUGGGUAAAACAUGGCCUAGCCCCCACCGAAUGUGGAAAAGAAAUCACCAAGUCAUGGUUCCAAUGCGACUUCUGCGCCAUCAUCAAGAACCGUAAAGUGAACCUCGAGUACCACAUCCUCAAGAACCACACCGAUUCUGCGUGCAUAAAUUGGUUCAAAUGCGAACAAUGCGACUACAAGUCAUUCCGUAAAGCGACUUUGAAACGUCACAUGGCCAUAAUCCACGCCACUGAAGACACCCGUGUGCACCCAUGCGGGUUUUGCCCCUAUCGGGCACACACCAAACACACCCUCAAAGACCACAUCAAAUUCAAACACACGCCCCCUGAAGACAUCCAAUGGUACAAGUGCGACUAUUGUUUGCACCAAUCAAAAAGCAAUCGUGAGUUGCGCGCGCACUUUCUCACCAAACACGCCCCUCCUGAUGAAGUCACGUGGUAUCAAUGCACCCAAUGCGACUACAAGACGAAACAAAAGCAACUCUUGCGCACGCACACUUAUUAUCAUCAUACUUCAAGUGAUGAGAUUAAGUGGUUUAAGUGCGAGGAGUGUGAUUACAAGACUAAAUACAAGCAUAAUUUGCGAUUACACAUGUCGAGGAGGCAUUCAGCCGCGUUGUAUGACACCGAACAGUGGUUUAAAUGCCCUCAAUGUGAGUUUAAAACACGCACAAAUUUCCACUUGAUGGAUCAUAUUAAUGUGCAACACUCGGGGGGCGAAGAAAAGUCACUCAAGUGUGAUUUAUGCCCGUUUCAAACCGACCAUAAGUAUUACAUGGAUCGGCAUAGAUCGACUCAUGACAUCAAGUGGCAUCAGUGUCAAAAAUGCAACUACAAAACUAAACUAAAAAUGUGUCUCACUCAACACAUCUAUAAUAAACACACCGAACUUGAAAUCAAGUAUUACAAAUGCGAGUUUUGCUCGUAUAAAACCCGAAAUGGGGCGAAAUUGCAGCCCCAUAUCGUGGAGAAUCACUCCGAUGCGAAGGAGGUGUAUUUCAAAUGCGAGCAUUGUGAUUAUAAGACUAAAUUGAAGGGGUUGAUGAAGUCGCACACUAUUCGAAAACAUGCCCCACCUGAGGAAAUCAAGUGGUUUAAUUGCGAUCAGUGUGAUUAUAAGGCCAGGAUUAAGUUUAAUUUGACCCAACAUUUUAAGACUCAUCAUUCGAGUAAUGAAAAGGAGUUUGGGUGUCCUUUGUGUGAGUUUAAGACGAAUCGAAAGUAUUAUUUAAAAAGGCAUCAUUUGCUUAUUCAUGCCACUCCGGAUGAGAUAGAAUGGGUCAAGUGUGAGUAUUGUGAUUAUAGGUCGAAGGAAAGUCGCAGGAUGAAGGGACAUGUCAAGAGUAAACAUUCGAAUGUGGAUGAUGUGAAAUUGUUCAAGUGUGAAAAGUGUGAUUUUAGCACUAAGAGGCAGAGGGUUUUGGAAAGACAUGAGAGUAAUAAACAUUGA